ACUGGUGAAUCGCAGCGUCGUGUGUGUCAACAUUACAGAAGUCGACUCACAGCCGGCAAAUCUAUCAGACUUUUACGGGAAGACCACUGGAAUACGUAUUUUUCUUUUGUAUCAUCUGUGAGGACGUAUCCAACCUGCAACCACAGUUUUGGACUCUUGGAAUUCUCGUGGAAUCCCUUCCCCUGAAGUCCGGAUCAAGAGCACUGCAUCGAGGCUGUCAUGGCAGUCGCAGUGCCAAAGCUGCCCAAUGGCUGCAUCAUCCGAAUUCGGCUCUGCAACACCGCCGUGGGUACCACCAGGUGGAAAGAGGGUGUCUUUGAAGUUCACGAGAAGGACAAUAAAGCCAACCUCCAGAUCAAAUUCAUGUGUGGAGGUCCACCUGCAAACAUCCAGUUGCACCAGAAUGUGAAGAAUGUGGUGUUGGCCUCCAUGCGCAGCGCUAUCAACAGAGUGGUGAUCACUUUGAUGGACUCAGGCUCCGUCACCUUUGAUAAAAUCCCUACCGCUGUUGCUAGACAAGUCAAGACGUACCUUGAUUUACACAAGCAUGGGAAACCAACAGGCAUGAAAUACCCCAAUCAGGGGAGUGCCAGUUUUGGGGUAGUGCUUGGCAACCGGGCUGUGAAAAAUGAGUCAUCCACUCCAGAGAGACAGACUACUCCGAAGCGAUCAGGCAUUGAUGGUCAUGAGGAGAACACACCAAGAAGACCUCUUAGCAGUCCCAGCAGAGCGGCCACCACACCGGUUCGAACUGGUCUGUCAGAAAACAGAAGUGAGAAGAGGAAGAGGCUGAUUGACUCUGAGAGUCUUGCUGAAGAUUAUCCCAAGGAGAACGACUCUUCUAGCAACAACAAGGCGACAACCGAUCCAUCUCAAAAGUUUCUCUCGAGAUGCAAAGAAAAGCUGGAGAACAGGGCGACAGCUGCAACUGCACCACUGCAGCCCACCUCCUUCUAUGGCAGCAGAACGGUUGCCAAGGACUACACCCAAAGCCAUUCUUUCCUGGACAGGCCGAGCAGCACGAGUCAGUCUCCCUCCACCAAAAGGAGCUUGAUGCUGCCAAAUCACUCCACUCCUUUCAAAAAAGUGCGCCCUUCUCUUGACUACAGUGGCUGGAACAGACCAAGACCAUCCACUCUCACCCAGCCACAGCCUUCACUCCAGGGAUUUUCCAACCUGGGAAACACAUGCUACAUGAAUGCUAUACUGCAGUCACUCUUCAGUCUGCCAUCCUUCUCCAAUGACUUACUUAAACAGGGAAUCCCAUGGAGAAAGGUUCCCAGUAAUGCCUUACUAAGGCGUUUUGCCCACUUGUUGGCCAAAAAGGAUAUCUCGUGCCCAGAGGUGAAGAAGGAAAUGUUGAGGAAAGUGAAGAACUCCAUCUCCUCCACUGCUGAACGGUUCUCUGGCUAUAUGCAAAAUGAUGCUCACGAGUUCCUGAGCCAGUGCCUGGAUCAGUUGAAAGAGGACAUGGACAAAGUAAACAAAAGCUGGAAGAACGAGCCGACGCCAUCGGACGAGGCUCAGAGCGUGCGCGUGGCCGAUGAGGCAGACACCUCCCGCAUCUACACCUGCCCCGUGGUCGUCAACAUGGAGUUCGAGGUCCAGCACACAAUCACGUGUAAAGGGUGUGGUGAGGUGGUUCAGAAGCGCGAGCGGUUCAAUGACCUGUCAAUCGACCUGCCGCGCAGAAAGAAAACCCUGCCCAUGAGGUCCAUCCAGGACUCCCUCGACCUUUUCUUCAGGAUGGAGGAAAUUGAGUACUCGUGUGAGAAGUGCAGCAGUAAAGCAGCCACAGUGACUCACAAAUUCAGCAGAUUGCCAAGGGUGCUGAUUCUUCAUCUCAAGCGGUACAGCUACAACGCCCAGCUAUCUCUCAACAGCAAGUUGGGCCAACAGGUUGUGAUCCCCAAAUACCUCACGUUGCUCUCCCACUGCACAGACUCCACGCGGCACCCGCUCAGCCUGGGCUGGAGUGCUCAAGCAGCCAUGUCACGGACGUUGAAAACCUCACAGGCUGUGAACAACUCCUCACUACGGAAAGGCAACCAUAAAUCUUGCUCAUCUACUUACACGAUUGUGGACUCUGACAGUGAGGAGGAAAUCACCAGGAAGGUGGCGGUGAACCGAAAGUCUCUACUGAGUGAAAGUUUAACUGAUGACGACAGAUGUGAGGAGCUGCCUCUGGCCCAGCCCGUGGUCCAGAACGACCUGCUUGACUUCACUGGCGUCAGCGACGACGAGAUGCUUGCCAUAGCGGAGGAGAUGAGUCAGCAGGAGGCGAUGGCUGCUGCGCCCCCGGAGGAGGAGGACCCCACCAGUAGCCCCGACACCGGCUUUGGAGACGCAGACGCCGAUGGCCAAGACCUGACCAGCCACAUGGAGCUGAUGGAGGCAGACAAGCCAUCUACAGAUGUUCUGGAAUCCCUUGACCUCACCAUGGAUGAGAACAAGGAGAACCAGACUCCGGACGGUGUGCAGGGGGAGCUGGACUGGGUACAGCAAUACAGCCUGGACCAGGAGAGGGAGGAGCAGGAGCUGCAGCAGGCCCUGGCUCAGAGCCUCCAGGAGCACGAGGCUCGGGAGAUGAGGGAGGAUGAUGAUCUGAAGAGAGCCACAGAGCUUAGUCUUCAAGAGUUCAACAACUCCCUCCCUGAACUGCUGUGUUCUGAUGACGACUCUGGGAACGAGGACGUGCUGGAUAUGGAGUACACCGAGGCUGAAGCUGAGGACCUGAAGAGGAACGCUGAGAGUGGAGAUUUGGCCAACUCUUUCAGACUGAUCAGUGUGGUCAGCCACAUCGGCAGUAGCUCAUCUUCAGGCCACUACAUCAGUGACGUCUAUGACAUGAAGAAGCAGUCCUGGCUGACUUAUAAUGACAUGGAUGUGUCUCGCACGCAAGAGUCCACCGUGCAGAGGGACCGUGACCGCAGUGGCUAUAUCUUUUUCUACAUGCAUAAGGACGUGUUUGAGGAGCUUGGAGAGCUGGAGAGGACAGGAGGGGGCAGCAGUGAGGCCAGCCGUACGGUACUGCAGCCUCUCUGAGGACGAUGACCUUCGUGUACCGACUGGCCAGCUCUCCUCACCUUACCCGUACCCCUUUCUGUGAGGUGCCUCCAUGCUCCAUUGGGACAAAGAUUAAAAAAACAACGACUGGGAGUCCAGGAUUGCGUUUCUCGACAUUGACGUUGCUAACUCGGUUAGCAACGCAAUUUCCCAUUGGCAAUUUUCUAAGUUGCUAACUGGUUAGCAACGACACUGACAAGAAACGUGUCCAGAAAAGGUCUCUCCAUUGACUGUUUCUUGAAUGUUUGACCCCAUGGAGGGGCGUGAUUCAGGCUCCCUAUGUGUUAGCAGGUGGUAAUGCCUGCAGCCUCUCCUUUGUACUACUGAUUACCCGUCCACUUUCGCCAACUCUGGGCACUUUCUUUUUUCCCCCCCAAGGCUUAUUUACUAUAUGCAGAUAAAAUCAUGGUGCAAUAUUUAUUUGGCCUGCCGGUGUCUCUUUGUGCUAAAGAUGGAUGGGUUGGGUUAAUCGUCCUCAGCUUUACCGUGACACUUUCUAUUCUUGUUUUAUAUGUAUAAUUUUAUCAGCUAAAUGAAUAUAGCUUGUCUUUUAUAUACACAUGUAUAAAAAAUAUAUAUACACACACUCAAGAUCAAUUAUCAUGCCUGUUACGUUUGAAAAUACCAGAGCUUUUACGAACCUAUAUUUCACGGUUUACAGAUUUCAUGGACUGUGAGUGUGAUGUAGAUAAUGUGUUUCUGCCGUGUCUAAUGUUUGAACUGAGGGCCAGUAAUCCCAUCUUUCAACUGCUUUACAGUUUCUUUUGAUAUUUAGCUACCUGUUCUGUGUUACGGGAUGGUUGAUGUGUGUUCAUACAGUGUACAGCCACAUGAUAUAUAAGCUCUGUUGAGUUACCCAGCUUUUAGCCCCCUUCAAAUGCAUUUAAAUAAAUAAAUAAAUGAUA